AUGGCUAAGUUUACCAGUUUACCCGUAGAACUCGUGUAUAGAAUUCUGGAUCAGCAGGAUGAUUACACUUUGUUUUUCUCGAUGCAAAACGUCUGUCGACGAUUCAAUCAAAUUCUCAAAACAUUUCCUCGAUAUCAGACAAUCACUGCACUGAAUUUUGCAUAUGUCGGAAUUGGAAUGAAAGGAGUACACCAUCUUGCCCACAUAUUGAAAAAAAAUACGACAAUCACUUCACUGAAUCUGCAGUCCAAUGAUAUUGAUGACAGAGGGGCGCAAUAUCUUGCUGACGUAUUGGUAAUCAAUACGACACUCAUCGUAUUGGAUCUCAGCUUCAACGACAUCGGCGAUGAAGGAGUUCAACAUCUUGCCGAGGCAUUGACAACAAACACGACACUCACUAUGCUAAACCUCAGAUACAAUCGGAUCAGAGUGAAAGGAGCACAAUAUCUUGGGUGUGCAUUUGAGAUAAAUACAGGACUUAAUACAGUGGAUCUCACUCACAAUCGAUUCGGAGUUCAGGGUGCAAAAUAUAUUGUAGAUGCAUUCGAAACAAACACGACACUGACUUCAUUGGAACUCGGACAGAAUGGAAUCCAAGAGGAAGAUAUAGAAUGCUUCAGAAGUGCAGCAGGGGCUCCGCUUAGAAUGGUCCGGUGGCAUUGA